AUGGGCUCCGCCGGCACGCUCGGCCUUCUCAUGGCGCUGGCUGCUGCUCUUAGCCCGGAGUCCCAGCCCUCAGAGGGCUCAGGAACCGUGCAGCCGCUCCAAAGCAGCGCCCAAGGGCAGUGGUACACAGACCUGCCGCAGAACCUACGGCUGGAGGACGGCAAGCUGGUGCUCCAGGCUGUGUACGAUCCCGCCGCCCGCGCCAUCCGCGACCAGCCCUACACCUCGGCCCGUGUCCGCACGUUUGGCAAGUAUGCCGUGGCGCCCAGCCAGGCCCACCCCACCAUCAAGGUGGAGGCGCGCAUCAAGGUUCCCGCAGGGCUGGGCCUGUGGCCCGCGUUUUGGAUGCUGCCGGCCGACAACGCCACGGCGGCGUGCAGCGGCUGCGGGCGACACGGGGUGUGGGCCGCCAGCGGAGAGAUCGACAUCCUGGAGGCAGCCAACGACGCGACUAAGGCGCUGGGCACGCUGCACUACGGCGGCCCGUGGCCGCUCAAUUCCUACACAUCCAACAACUACUCUCUGCCUGGCGGCGCCUCGCUGGCUGGCGACUUCCACACGUUUGGCCUCGAGUGGGAUGCCAAGCAGAUGCGGUGGUACGUGGACGGCCAGCUGUUUGCCACGCAGUACAGCGGCAAUGGCACCAGGAGCGGCUGGUUCAGCCUGGGCGCCGAUGCCACCUCUCUCGAGGCUCAGCCGCUCCUCAGCGACGCCCCCUUCUCCCAGCGCUUCUACAUCAUCCUCAACCUGUCCCUAGGGGGCGAGGCCACCGAGUUCACCAAGAUAAAUGGCGUGGGCAUCGCGCCUGCGCAGCUCAACGCCACGCUGGCGACGCCGCAGGCGAUGCUGGUCGACUGGGUGAGGGUGUGGGGCUACUCGCCCUGA